CCUAUGGGAUCAGCGGGCCCGUGGAGGCCCCCCGGGGUCCCCCCCAAGAAGUGAUGGCUUUAUAAGGGGACUGAAGAGAGCGGGGAGGCAGUGCCCGCGAUGGCCUCCAAGCUCAAGGAGCGGAGGAGGACGCCGGUUUCUCACAAGGUGAUUGAGAAGCGGAGGAGGGACCGCAUCAACCGCUGCCUCACCGAGCUGGGGAAGACGGUGCCCAUGGCUCUGGCCAAGCAGAGCUCGGGGAAGCUGGAGAAGGCGGAGAUCCUGGAGAUGACGGUGCAGUACCUGCGAGCCCUGCACUCGGCCGAUUUCCCCCGCGGCCGCGAGAAGGCAGAGCUGCUCUCCGAGUUCGCCAACUACUUCCACUACGGCUACCACGAGUGCAUGAAGAACCUGGUCCACUACCUGACGACGGUGGAAAGGAUGGAGACCAAAGACACCAAAUACGCCCGCAUCCUGGCUUUCCUCCAGUCCAAAGCGCGCUUCGUCACCGAGCCCCUCUUCACCUCCCUGGGCUCCCUGCCCGAGCCGGACUUUUCGUACCAGCUGCACGCCGGCUCCGAGUGCCCCGGGCACAGCCCCGGCGAGGCCGUGCCCUCGGGGGGACCCUUCCCCUGGCACGGCGCCGCCCGCAGCCCCUCGCUGCCCUACCACCUCCCCAACGCCGCCGUGCCCCUCGCCAGCCCCGGCCAGCAGCGCAGCACCUUCCUCUCCUCCGUGCAGGGGCUGGAUCGCCACUACCUCAACCUCCUCGGCCAUUCCCACCCCAACGCCUUCGGGCUGCCCCCGGGACAGCAUCCCUCCAUGCUAUAGAGACUCGUCCCCGCCCGGCAAAUCCUAUUUAUGACCGCGGACACUGCGAGUUACGCACGGGGAGGCUGCCGGGGGAGGCGCGGGGGUCGGGAGCUUUGCCCGCUCCUCCUCCUUCGCCCGCUCUCCCUUCCCACCUCCGGGUGCGGAGCCUGU